AUGGCCGCUUUGGCUGAACCAGCGAUGGACAACACUCGCCAGCGCACCGACCAGCAGCAGCAGCAGCAACAACAACACCAACAUCUGCAGCAGCAACAACAACAACUCCACCAGCAGAUGCUCCAGCAGCAGUACCCAUACACGGUGCAGCAACAACCGCAGGGGACAUGGACACCAAACAUCACUGCUACGCCCUUCUACCCCUCCUUCUACCAAAAUCAGCAGGCAUUUGACCAGCAGCUCGCAGCCCAGUGGGCCUACCAGCAGAUGAUGUUCAGUGCCCAGCAUGGCUUUCCCCAGCCUGCAUUCAACCCAUUCCCCAGCGGCACCCCGCCUCCCAGGCAGGACCAGCAGCUGCCUCCUCACCCGUACCGCCGCCCCAAUCGUUCCCAGCAACAACAACAGCAGCCCCUCCCGCCGUACGCCCGCCCCGACGCAUCCAGCUCAUCAUCGUCCCUCAACUCCUCCUCCAGCCAUCACCACCACCACCCCCGCCAGCGCACCAACAGCACCCAAAGCUCAGCCAGCGCACACCGCCCCGCCUCCCUCCGCUCUGCCUCGGGCGCAUCUUCCCGCUCAACCUCUUCCGCCCCAGCCCAGCCAUCGCGCCAGCCCCUCCAGCUGCCCCGCACCGGCUCAUCCUCCUCCUCCACUGCCUCCUCUUCCUCCGCGCCCUCCACCAGCACCACCCAACCCACCUCCCCAACAACCGUCGCCUCCUCCUCCUCCACCGCCACCUCACCCACCGCAUCCGGGAGCCUGCCGCGCCUCACACGCCCCUCGCCCCUCUCCCAGGGCAGCAGCUACAGCGCCGCGGAGAAGCGCAGAUCCCGGGACGACAGCGACAUCGCCGCGCUCAUCCACGAGCAGACGCCCACCGCCGCCAUCGUGCGCAGCGGCGGGCUCAAAGGCCGCCUCCGCCGCGCGCUCUCCUUCAACGCCGCACAAGCACUCAAAGAGGAAGAAGACGCUGCGCAUCCGACUGUGUAUGAGGAGGACGAGGAGGAGGAUGAUGUGUCUAUUAAAGCUUCUCAGGUCAACGGCAAGCUCAAGGCUAAAUCCACCAUUGCGCCCCAGUCUACUACUACUACUGCUGGUACUGCUACUACUACUGCUAAACCACUGGCUCCGCGGGGUAAAACACCAGAGGACGAGGCUGGGCCGUCCACUGCCACCCCGGUGCCGGUGAAGAAAAAGGGGCGCGCGGCGUCACUCUUCAACUCGCGCUUGAACGCGAGCACAGACAACAUCUCGCUCUCGUCCACCGUCAGCUCCGCGAGCGUCAUGAUCCGCAAGCUCGGGGCGAUGGGCAAGCUCGCCCGACGCAACUCGCUCGCUGGGAUCACCUCCCUCUUUAAAGAUAAAGAUAAGGAUAAAGAUAGAGACGGCGAGGGGAAAGACAAAAAGGGGAAAAAGGCAGCAAAGGACGCGAAGAAGACGGCCAAGGGCCAGGCGAGCGAGGCGAGCGUGUCGCAUGUUACCGCUGAGCUCGAUCGGAUGGGCGCAGGGGGCGAUUGGAGUGUGGGCGCGGAGAUGAACGGGCUGUCGCCUGCUGCGAAGCUCGCAAGGCAGCACACGCUCAAGUCGAAUGCGGAGGCGGCUGCGAAGGCGAAAGAGGCCGCUGCGGCGAAGGAGGCCGCGGAGAAGGAAAAGGAGAAGGAGGCUGCUGCGACGGCGGCGGCGGCGGGGAGGGGGCAGGUGUUUGCGAAUGGCGCGGGGGUGGGGCCCCGGGGGCGGGGGUGCCGGCGUGGGAUCGGAAUACGGCGACGAGGCACGGGCGGGAUGGGCGUGCACAGGAUCAACGAGGACGGCACGCGCACGCUCGUAGAGUCCGACGACGAGAGCGACGACGGGCAUUAUCCCCAGCAGCAGCAGCAACAACAGCCAUACCACCACCAACAACAACAGCAGCAGCAGCAACAAAAUUACAACGCGGACGGAUGGGACGACGAUGAAGAAUGGGACGUCGAUGGCGACGGGGACGGGGACGAGCACGACGGCGAUGAUGGGGACGAGGACGUCACGAUCCGCAUGAGCGCCGAGCAGCAACAACACUCUCAACGCACGAGCGCAGACUCCAACACAAGCGACAUGGAGCCGUGGGCCGUCGACAUCCGGCGGAGCAUCGAAAAGGCGCGGCAGCCCGCCAAAGGCAUCCUCAAGCGCGCGGAGAGCUACGACCAGCAGGCGUACCUCGUCCAGGACCCACACGCGCAUGGAUUUGGGCAUGGACACGGGCAUGGACAUGGACAUGGGUUUGGGCAGAUGCGCGCGAGAUCGAACUCGUACAACGCCCCUGGGACGGGGACGGCGCAGGAGAGUGGGCCGGGCCCGCUUGCGCGCAUGCCGAGUCCGGAUCCUGAUCAUAUUGACGGGCUGCAUCGGCACGGGUCGCAUUCGUCUGUGCAUAAACAUCGAGAGCGCGAGCGGGAGAGGGAAAAGGAGCAGGCGCCGUGGUUGCCGCCGCUUUCGUUUGACGGCGAGUCGUCGUCGCCUCUGUCCAGCACGUUCCUUGGAAGCACGGGCACGUCGAAAGAGCUGCCUGCUACACCCACGUUCGACUCGCCUUCCUCAUCAUCAUCAUCAUCACCAUCUAUAAUCGCACCACAGCCCAUUCACGCUUCCAUACCCAACGCCAACCCCACGCCAACGAUAACAGCUAACCGCGCAUCCGCAAUCUACCAACACCCCUCGCUCAACUCCUCCGCACCAGCACUAACAACCCACCCCUCCCCCUCUCCCUCCCCCUCCUCCUCCCCAACCUCUUCCCACCCCCACCCCCACCCAUCCCACCCCCACCCACCAACUCUAACUCUAGCGCACCGCGCCGCCACCGCCCCCGCCCCCACCAAGCGCCUGACAUUCGCCACGAAUCUCUCAGUGUACGACACCUUCUCGGCAUCGGUGUACGAUAGGAGAAGCGAGCCUGCGACGUGGAGCCGGCUUACGCCUGCGCUUGCGCAGCGGAUUAAGGAGGAGCUGAAUUCGUAUAAGAUGGAGGAGAUGGAGGUGCAUGCUGCUAGUCGGAUUCACACACAAUUUUUUGUCUGA